GAUCACAACAACACGAGGAAUAUUGCGAAGAUUUCGUGAUUUUUGAAGCUUUCAAAGGAGCUGAAAGAGGAUUUUCCAGUAAAAAUGCUGCCUCCAGCUCCUCCAAAGAAAAUUCUGAGAUUGAAAAGCAGGAUACUUUUGGAUGAGAGAAGGUGUUCUCUGGAGGAUUGGAUGGAUAAACUCUUAUCUGAUAUUGAUAUAUCACGAUCUGCUGUGGUAGCAAACUUUCUUGAGCUUGAAGCUGCUGCGAGGUCAUAUUUUGAUGAGGUACAUGUGCAGAGCUCAGAUGCAAAUUCGAUUGCCACUGAUGCGGCUCCACUCUAUCCACAACCUGUAGCUGAUGUUUUCAAUAGUGUUGUUGUAAGUCUAUCUGUAUUGUCAGAUCAGGGCAAUGAUUCAUCCUAUGAGAUAUCUGAACUGGGAUCACCAAGAGUUGGGCAUAGUGAUUCUGCUGAUCUUGGCAUUGACAACUCUGAACAUGAGUUUACCCAUGCGGAUGCAAAUUUGAAGUAUGGACUUUUAAUAGAAAGUUCAUCUUGGACAAUAUAGAAAGAUUUUCCUGGCUUAAAGUUCGCAAUAGAGGUGUUAACAGCAUUUUGAGUGGCAGAGGGGUUCCUUAUGAUAAUGUUGCCAUCGUAAAAGAUCAGUAUGACAAGGACUUUCCUUCUGAAACAGAAAGUCACAUGGUUCAUGCUCGAAGAAUAUCAUCAGAAAGUGUUGGUAGCGACUUAAGCUCCGGAAAAGCGAGUGAAGGAGUUGCAUUUAAUCCCACUGCAAACAAUACUAUGUGCAAUCCUGAAUUUCCUGAAAUGCAAAAUUCUACCAUCGCAAGGUUACAGUUUCCAAGGGACUUGGCUGUCGCUCUUCCAUCAGAAGAGCGGCAUAAGUUGAACAGAGUUCUUACAACUGUGCAACAAAGGUUAUCGACAGCAAAGACCGACAUGGAAGAUCUCAUCGCCAGAUUGAAUCAAGAGACUGCUGUGAGACAAUUCUUAACAACAAAGGUCAAAGAUCUGGAAGUGGAACUUGAAACCACGAGAUAUAAUUGCAGAGAAAACGUGCAGCAAGCAACUUUAAUUGAGAAAGAAAGGUUUACUCAAAUGCAAUGGGACAUGGAGGAGCUUCGUAGCAAAUGUUUGGAGGUGGAAAUGAACUUGAAGGCCGAACAGGAAGAAAAGGCUCGUGUUGAAUCAGCAAAAGUACUGGUGAUUCAAGAGAGAGACUUGUUGCUUAAUGAGUUGGAUGUUGCUAGAGAACACCUCAGUAAACUGCACAAGCGUAAUGAGGAGUUGGAAGCAAAAUCAAAAGCUGAUGUGAAGCUUCUUGUUAAAGAGGUUAAAUCUCUUCGUAGUUCUCAGUCAGAAUUAAAGCAGGAGCUUGGCCGCCUCAUGAAAGAGAAAAUAGAAGUAGAGCGAACUCUACAGAAAGAAAAACAGAGGGCAGAGUCUGCAAGUGCUGCUAAUUCAAAGCUGCUGCAUGAAUGUGAAAUUCUAAGAAAUCGGCUUCAAGAAUGUAGCGUUAAUUUCCUUAGUGAAGAAGAAGAUAUGUUGAUUGUGGAUACCUCUUCACCGUCUGAUGCAAUAGAUCUACUGAUGACCUCUGACAAUCGAAUUGGCCUUCUUCUUGCAGAGGCCCAACUCCUUGCUCAAGAUGUAGAAAAUGCCGUUGUAAAAAUGGAUGAGACUCGGAAUGCUAAUGAUGGCAAUGGGAGGACCAGUGAUGAUGAAUUGAGGAAGAUGCUGACGGACAUGUUCAUUGACAAUGCGACAUUGAGGAAGCAAGCGAAUUCAGUAAUCCGUUGUGCUUUAAAUAUGUAUGUCCAAGCCGAAGAAAAGGACGAAGAAGAUGAAGAAGUCCCUUUGCGAAAAACAGUUUUAAGCAAAUUUUUAGAGAGAUGAUGGGAAUUAUGGUGACUAUUGAUGGUGGGUCAUUUAUCCUAGUAGAAUUAGCAGCAGCUGCUUGUACAUUUGUGCUGGCAAUAAAUGAGAUUGCCUCUGCUGCAGGAUGGUUCCCUUUCUCGCGUAAGGUGAUCAUAAUUCGCACUGUAUCUCUUCCCUUUCUAAAUUUAUUCUUUGAU